CAUCAGUCUUCGUCUCCAGAUAUUUUCUACGCUCACUAUCGCUGCGUGGUAAAACAAUCAUCACCGCGCGCGCUGCUUCCGGGACGCUCGGCCGGUGACUUACUUCGCUGAUCCAACCAGCGAAUGAGCCUUUGGUGUCAAAGCCCACUCACCCGACAAGACUUUCCUUGCCUUGCUUCGCGCCACUUUGCAAUCUGCCCGCAGCUUUGCCUGGAACGGCGCGGGACAGCAAUUACUGACACCAUCGCGCUGACCACUGAUCGCCACCGUGAAGGUUGCCUCUGCGCCCGCUCCUGGGGACGUUUGUCAGGCUGCCAGCGGCCACGCGUGACAACAUGGACCGCCUUCCGGACGAAGUCGUGCUCCAUAUCCUGUCAUACCUCCAUGUCGCCCAUCUCGUGCACCUGCAACUCGUGUCCACCAGAUACCUGACUCUCGCCCGCGACAAUGCUCUGUGGAAGAAAGAAUGCUUUGACCACUCGCAAGCAGAGCGCGUGAGGCGUCGGCGGGAGCUCCUCAACAGCCAGGACCCUCGUCUCGCUGAGCUUCGCGAUGCUGUGACGACGUUGCCUGGCGGUGAGCUACUGGCACAGGAGAUCGCGCAGCUUGUAGGCAACUCUCCAAGCGAAACUGCAAAUGACCACGCUGCGCGGGCGCGCCUUCAACGUGCACGCGCACUGGCAAACUGGGAUCCCGCGUUUCCUGGCGAAGAGAUUGACUACUACGAGGAAUAUGUACACCGCCAUGCUGCAAUCAAUGUUGGAUGGGUCGACUUUCCGAAGUCGCAAGCAAAUGCUCGAAGCGAGCAUCGCGAGGCAACAGGAAUCGGGCUUCUAGCUGACCAGCAGGAUAAGACUAUUGAACGCGCAGUCGCAGCACUCGACGAUGGUAGCGUUUGUAUAUGGGACCUCUCCUGUGCGUCAACCUACCGCAAUGGAGGCGCUGGCAACCUGCUUGUCCAAUCUAAGCCUGCCCUGCUUUCAGAAAAACCCUCGGGAGACACUAUGGAAAGCCAUAACAUGAUGACUGAAACAGGCGCAGUCGAAUGUGUGAGUGUGAACAGCUCAAAUCAAAUGGCCUACUUUGCAGUGCAGAAUCAGCUGCGAGAGGUUGACCUGACCACGCUUCAAGUCACGUCAACCAAAUCGUAUCCUUUCCCAAUAACAGCGCUUUCCGAGACACAGAAUCAAUCGCCGCUCACAGUCGGCACCAACAUGACGGUGCAUCUCCACGAUCCUCGAGACCCGGCUUUCACAGCUGGUGAGGCAUCAGCCCGUGGCGAGCUGAUCGGUGGCUCAGUCUACUCCCACGCAACGCUUGCUCAACCUGGACCGCUCUCAAUCUUACACCAUGGCGCGACUGGUACUGAUGACAGUUCGAUAUGGGUAGCCGGUCGGUUCACUUCGCUGCUCAAUUACGACCGCCGCUUCUUUCCUCGUCUCCGCGGUACCAUCUUCAGUGGAGCUCGCAUUGCUUGUCUCUCUGCUCUGCCCCAGCCGUGGGUGCCGCGCAACCUUGAUCUCGUGCGACAUCCUGAGGCCUCUCUCGCAGCGUUGCAGAGCAGGAAGGAUGCAGUGGGAAUGACUAUGAUUGCUGCCGCCGAAUACAAAGGAAAGGGCUCUCUGGAGUUUUACCCUCUUCCAUCUGUGGUCGAGCCUUACAAGAACAGACAGACAGCGUCAGCAUCGAAAUUGCUCUCUGUUGCUUCGCACGGAGGACGUAUCGUGUUCAGUGACGGCGAUGGCAAUCUUAAAUGGAUGGAGCGUGAUGGCUUCACCUACGUGCGCACGCACAAUAUCAAUGAGAGUCUGCCCGGCGAAUUAGAUGCAACGGCUCAGGGCUCAACACCGCAAGGGAUAUUCUCAACGUCUGGAACCGAGGUGCCUGGACAGGGAGAUAUUGUGCAGAAGAUCCUGCCAUUGGGCACAAACUAUAGCGGAGCGAGUCCAGUGGCUGGUCGACCCGACAUCAGCCGGAACAACCUGUUGCUAUGGACUGGCGAUGGAAGACUGGGAGUACUUGGUAUGGGCCAGAGCAAUCCCUUGGGCAAAGACGAGUGGCAUGAUGCCCUCGAAGAGCAAGCUCUGUCUGCAGCGGAGAAAGCUCGCCAUGAUGCUGAGAGACAAUACGGCAUGGCCAUGAGGAGGGCUUUAGAGCGCAACGCAGACGAAGUACGAUUCGUAAGAGGGUUAGGUAUGGGGUUCAUGCGAUCAUGA